AUGACUAGAUACGCUUUGAUCUCAGGCGGUACCGGUGGUAUCGGUAUCCAGUUGUGUACCGUUUUCGCUGAACAAGGGUUCAAGGUGAUAUGCAUGGCUCCUGAGUCGACCCUUUGGGAAGCUAACGACCUCAAGGAAAAAUAUGGAGUGAUCACUUAUGCUUUGGACAUCACCGACCCUACUCAAUGCCAAAAGGCAGCCGAGUUUGUCAAGCAACACACCGAAGGCGGCAACCUUGACGUGCUCUACAACAACGCCGGCAUUUCUAUUGCGGGUCCUGCCACCGAAUUCGACAACAACGCGUUGAUCAAGUUGUUCCUGGUGAAUGUGUUUGGUCACAUGUACAUGACCAAGUACAUGGCGGAGUAUGUUAUCAAUCGCCAAGGGCUGAUUGUGUUCACGUCGUCGGUGGCGGCGCGGGUGCCGUUGAGUUGGGUGUCGUUAUACAACGCCACCAAGGCCGCCAUUGACGCCUACGCCGGCACGUUACACACCGAAAUGAAGCCGUUUGGGGUGCGGGUCCACAGUGUCAUCACCGGUGGUGUCGACACCGCCAUCUGCGACGCCAACACGGUGCUGUCGAUGGCCGGGUCUCGCUAUGAUGUCCCCGGGAUGAUUGCCUCGAUGCGGUCGUCGGCGAUGAUGUCGAGACGAGACAAUAUCAGCCCCCGCAGCUACGCCGACGCAGUGGUGAGCGACGUGUUGAGCCGGCGGGACCGCUUCAACUUGUACCACGGGUGCAAGGCCUACUUCCUCCACUGGGUGUCGCGGUUCAUUCCGUACUUCCUUGUCGAGUGGGGGGUGCUGAGACACUUCCAGGCAUUGGCGGUGUACCGGGCGCUUCGUGAACGUGUCCGCAAGCAGCAGCAGAAGCAGAAACAGUUGUAA